AUGUGCGUAAACGCUAGCUUGGUGAAGGCAAUAGCGCUCACACUCACACUAGCCCCGCAACCCCUUUCUCAGGCCAUAUUCCGCCGCAUCUACGAGCAAAUCCUGGAGCAGGGCAUUGCCACACCAGCACAGAUUCACUCGCCGCCGCGUCUACCCUCCUACGAGGAGCUGCACCUGGUCCACGACCCAGAGUACGUGCACCUUUUCAGCACCUGCCAGCUGGAUGACGAACGUGUACGGCGGAUCGGUUUCGGAACCGCCGCCACCAGGAGCCCGGUGAUGCACGGACUGGCGGUCAACACGGCGGGCGGUACGCACCAUGCCUUCCCUGCCCACGGCUCUGGCUACUGCAUCCUCAACGACCUGGCGGUGACGACGGAGGUGCUUCUGGCUGAGGGUCUGGUACGCCGGGUACUCAUUCUGGACCUAGAUGUGCACCAGGGUGACGGCACAGCCUUCAUCUUCCGCGACCGUCCCGACGUCUUCACCCUUAGCGUCCACUCUUCCUCCAACUUUCCAACGCGCAAGCAACGCAGCACGUUGGACGUGGCCCUGCCAGAUGGUACUCCCGAUGGACCCUACCUCGCCAGGGUGGGCGACCUGCUGCCGCGUGUGCUACGGGACUUCGCACCCGACAUCGUACUGUACGACGCUGGCGUGGACCCGCACGCUGCCGACGCGCUGGGCCGGUUGGCGCUAAGUGACGAGGGGCUGGCACGGCGGGAGCGGCUGGUGCUCGAUACGUGCCUGGGCUUUGAUGUGCCCGUGGCGGGCUAUGUGGGUGGUGGUUACGAUACCGACCUAGACGUACUGGCGGGUCGGCACCUACACCUGCACCGUGCGGCGGCGGAGCUAUGGCUGCAGUACGGUCUGGAGUGAGGAACCGUGUUGAUGUCGGGCUCUUUGGUUCGGGCGUUGGGCUGCGUUGCUAUAUAUUUACGACGGACCCACGCACUUAUACGGAACUUAUAAUUUGCUAUGGAGCAUAGGGCAUAUCACUCUUGCACUCAGCAAAGUGACGCACAUGGACAGCAGGGCUAUACCCGUUUACGGCCCCAGUAGUGUUCUCUUGUCCAAAUACUUGGUUGGGUCCUUGGAGUUGCCCCCAAACGGGUCGUGGUAAUGUUCGUUAGCUG